UCGCCCGCGGCUCGCAGCGUAUCGUCACAUCGCAUCUGGACGCUCAGUUGUCGGUACUUCCUCACCAGACUACGUUCGUUACACUGCCAAGGGCACUCACUGUCUGCAACCAUGAUUCAAAUCACGGAGAAGGAUAAGGAGCUCGCGAGAGCAGUCUGGACCGAAGUCGAGAAAGACUACAGAGGCACUGGAAUUCUCCUGUUUACUGAAUUAUUCACAACCUACCCUGACUACGUAAAAUACUUCGAAAGGAUGAAGUCGAGUCCAGAUCAGGACAUAUUCGAGAGCGCUCGCUUCAAGAAACACAUGGUCUCAGCCCUGUUCCCCUCCAUAGCCCUGAUGCUGAAGAACCUGGAUCAUCCUAGUGAACUGAGUAGUCAGCUCCACGAGAUUGCAGUUAAACACAAGAGGAGGGGACUCAGAAGAUCACACUUUGAGGUCUUGCAAGAAGUGAUUAUGACUACUCUAAAGAAGGCGUUUGGAGAGGCAUUCACGGCAGAUACGGAGUCAGCUUGGAACAAAAUAUUAACUGUGGCUUUCGAUGGCAUUUCUACCACAAUUGAGAAAACCGAGUUAUAGUUGAGGAUUCGCGGAUCGCCUGAAUCCACAUAUCUUCAGUUGCUAAUGACAACUAAGACUGAGAUGAUGUACAAAACUCUUGUAAAAUAAUAAUUCAAUCUAUGCCAAGGUUCAAAAUAAAAACCUUUUGUAGUUUGUAUAAAAGUAAACUUGUAGAAUAAAUGACAAUCAUAACAACUACCCAUUCUAGCAUGUAGAGGGACUCUGUAACUUAUUAGUUUAGUUGUAAUAUGUAAAUAAAAUAGUAUGUUUGUAAAGUGUGUUAAUGAGUUUUACAUGUAAUAUAAAUCAUAUACUUAUUACAUUAAAAAUGUACUGCAAUUAUUUGCUACGACCUUAUAUGUGUAGCAUUAUUUACACUAUAUAUUUGAAUUCUAAUAAUUUGUGAUUUAACUUAGGCUUGUACAAUGAUACUUUUCAAACUUGUAUGAACAAGAAAGAAGUUCUGAUAUAGA